AUGCCGGCCAUCUGUGCCCUGCUGCUGGCUCUCCUGCUCUGGGCACCCAUCAGUGCUGUAGAGGCUUACCUCCUCCUUUCCCAACUAUCUCCUGGGAAUUGGGGCAGGGGCAGAGGGGGCUCAGCUAGACGUGUGAUCAUCUGGUCCCAUCUCCUUCCUUCAGUGCAAUGCCUGGAUGAUGGGACCUGGAAUGGGAAUCAGUGCUUUUGUCUCUCAGGCUUCCUUGGUGACCACUGUGAAUUCUACCCUUCCACAGGGCUUUGUGAGAAUGGCGGCACCUGGGAUGGAUUGAAGUGUAUCUGUCAACCAGGCUUCUUUGGUUACCAGUGCCAGUCCCUCUUACACUCCAUCAGCAUAGACAUCCCGGAAAUAAUCAAUGCCACUGUAGGUGUGUUACUUAAAGUGACUUACAGGAAUUUCACAAAAGACCUGGAAAACGCAUCCUCCGAGGCAUACCAGAAUUUCACGAAACUCUUCAAGGAACGGAUGGAUGAAGUUUACAAGGACCUUCUGGGAUACGGAGGGGUGAUCAUUAGGAAACUGCUCAAUGGCAGCAUCGUGGUGGAACAUGAUGUCAUCCUUCAGGCCAACUACACUUUGGAUUUUCAGGAUGUGUUUAAAAACCUCACUAAGAUUGUAAAGGCAAAGAUUACUGAUGAAACCAAAAAUCCACUUGAGGAUAUUGACAAGUGCCAAGGGAGGUUUCAGCUUCCCCCUCCUCUACUCACCUCUCUUCUGGAACCCCAGAGACCUCUCUGUAGGAGCCCAGAAGCCAGCCCCGUACCUCCCAGACCCAGGCUGGUGUUGUCACCAGCACUAAUCUCUCGCUGCGUGUCUGGGAUGGGCUCUCGGUGGAGGGUGUGGUAUAAAAGAAAGAGGAGACCUGGCUACACCCAGGGAGACAGAGCGGAACAUCCCUGUUUUUUCCUUCCCCACCCACUCUUGGCAGACACAGCCCUGUGCUAUAAUGAGGAGGACACGGUCGUGGCAGAGGUUGCAAAGCUAAACUUUGACCCCCAGGAACAGUGCGUGAAGAAUGCUGCAAAGGACUUUGCCCAGUUCUACUACGUGGAUGAGCUCAAAGAGAAGCUGGUCUGUGUGACCAAAUGUACUGCAGGGACAAAGACACAACUGAACUGUAACAAGGGCACCUGCCAACUGGACAAAAGUGGGCCCCAUUGCCUGUGCCCGACCACGAACACGCAUUGGUACUGGGGACAGACCUGUCAGUGGAGUACUAGCAAGAGCCUGGUGUACGGGAGCGUAGGGGCCGUGGUGGUGAUACUGGUGGUCACAGUGGUUGCCCUGUCCAUCUUCCUGGGCCAAUUCUGGAGAAAACUGCACAGCAGGCAGGAGUACAAUCUGUCUCACGAGUGGCAAGGAGAAGAAGUCCCUGGACAUUUCCAGAAGUGGCAAGGGGAAGAAGUCCUUGAAGGUUUCCAGAACACUGGCAUUUGGGAAGGUACUUUGUAUCAGGGGCGAGAGUGGGGGCAGAGCUGGAUGAUGGAGAAAGGGAGGGAAGGUGUCCUUGCCCUGACUGUGGGUGACACAGGCAUCCUGGCCCCCCCACACACUGUUCCCUCAGUGUGUGACCCCUCCGACGUGCUGUGGCCGGGGGGGUGACAUGGGAAUCCUGCCAGCCCAACCCACACCUGCUGCUGCAGCUGGGUUCAUGUGCCUCUCUGCUCAGCUGCCUCCGGUGGCUCCCAGGACUGGCAGGGAAUCCUCCAAGUUCUGCCUCCUCCUGGUCCAGACCCUCUGCAAGCCAGCCUUCCAGUCUUUUCUCCUGCUCCUCCCCUUCAAGUGGGAAAAGAAGAGAAAGCCCAGGAGGCACUGUGAAGGGCAGACAGGAAGAGAUGGUCAGGAGGCUCAGGGAGAGCCUGGAGCCAGGGGCCUGGAGGCGGAGGAGGAAGAUGCACAGUCGUGGGGGCAGCA